AAAGUAAUCACACCUUUUUAAGUAUUAAACCCAAUUUUCUUGGUUCCUUCCUCACAAAUUCACUUUCCACAAUUUAUCUCUCUCACACCUCAGCUUCUGGUGUUCGUCUCUAUCUCUCAAAUCUCAAAUUUUGGACUUCUCUGAUUUUGUUUAUAAAACACUUCUCGUCUUCUUCAAUCUCCUUCACACACCACACAACCACCUUCUUCAAUUUCUCCAGAAAUCCCCAGAAUCAUCAUCAUCCUUUAAGUUCUCAGUCAUGGAAGAAGCUAAAGUGGAAGCAAAAGACGGUACCAUCUCCGUGGCUUCUGCAUUUUCCGGUCACCAACAAGCUGUUCACGACAGCGACCACAAAUUCCUAACGCAAGCUGUCGAAGAAGCUUACAAGGGAGUUGACUGUGGUGAUGGUGGCCCAUUUGGUGCGGUGAUUGUGCAUAAGGAUGAGGUUGUCGCUAGCUGCCACAAUAUGGUUUUGAAAUAUACAGACCCAACUGCACAUGCUGAAGUCACCGCCAUUAGAGAGGCAUGCAAGAAACUUAACAAAAUCGAGUUAUCAGAGUGCGAGAUUUAUGCUUCUUGUGAGCCGUGUCCCAUGUGCUUUGGAGCCAUUCAUCUCUCGAGACUCAAGAGGUUGGUUUAUGGAGCCAAAGCCGAAGCAGCUAUAGCCAUCGGGUUUGAUGACUUCAUCGCUGAUGCUUUGAGAGGCACAGGGGUUUACCAGAAAUCUAGUCUGGAGAUCAAGAAAGCAGACGGGAAUGGCGCCGCUAUUGCGGAGCAAGUUUUCCAGAACACAAAGGAGAAGUUCCGUUUAUACUAAAGCUCUUCUCCAUUACCAUAUUCUUCUUCUUCUUCUUCUCCUUCAUGAUGGUAAUUAGAAGUAGUAGAAGAAGAAAUGCACUUGCUUUAACUAAAAUAAAUCUUUGUUUCAAAUUGUUCAUUUUAAAAACAGAAGCAAAAGAAAAAAAGAAAAACUCAAUUUCGGUUCUUGUUGACAUGCUUUGUAAUUUCUUUUCUUCAUUUGAAUUGAACUGGUAAAUACUUUCUUUUCUGUCAAAAUCUUUAUUUUCUGUACAAGAACAAGUUCUGCACUAAUAAAUCGAAUUGGUUUCUUCUA